AUGGGUCAUGACAGCAAACAAAUAACACAAAGCAAGGCUGUCAAUGUACCCAACGAAGAAGAAGAUAAUGAUCGUGAUACAGCAUACUUUCAAUAUUAUGCUCUCUUGAGUCAUCAAGCACAAAUGUUACAAGAUUCAGUUCGAACAACAGCCUAUCAAAAAGCAAUCUUUGGACAUGGACCACAAUGCUUUCAAGAUAAGUAUGUUAUUGACGUGGGAGCAGGAAAUGGAAUACUCUCCAUCUUUGCUGCUCAAGCAGGUGCAAAGAGGGUCUAUGCAAUCGAAGCAUCAAAUAUGGUAGAACGAUUACAACAUUUCGUAAAUGCAUCAAAGCAACCUCAAUUCGAUGGCUCAACUUUGAACCCCUGGUUAGGAGAUCGGAUAAAGCCAGUCAGCUCAAAGAUGGAAGAUGUAACUGUCGAUACGCUGGGUGAUGGAGUGGAAAAGGUGGAUACGAUAAUAUCAGAAUGCCUUGGUGUACUUCUGGUGCACGAGAGGAUGUGUGAGAGCUUCCUUGAUGCAAGAGAUCGAUUCCUCAAGCCAGGUGGUUCAGUACUCCCAAGUAGCGGUACAAUCUGUUUAGCUCCAAUCGAAGAUAAAGUGGUAUGGGAAGAAGCAGCGAACAAGGCACGAUUCUGGGACAAUAGAAACUUCUAUGGCGUAGAUGUCACACCGUUUUCUGAAGCAGCAUGGGAAGAAUCCUUCUCGUCUCCUGUUGUUGGAUGCUUUGGUCCUCUGAUCGUGCUGACACCAUCGAACGAUUAUCAGAUUGAUUUCCAAACAAUCUCAAAAGAGAACCUGAAACGCUUCACUAUCCCUCUGAGCUUCCAGAUGACACAAACAGCUGUCGUACAUGGGUUAGGUGGCUGGUUCGAUCUUCACUUUCUUCCUUUGCCGUCUUCUUCACCAAUGACUGGCGCAACAUUCGCAGAUGGUAGCGAUACGUCUACCAUGAUACCCGAUCUCGAAAUGUCUCUAAACCAAGGCAGCGAUCAACCUUCUUCCAACAACGAUGCCACUACGCUCAACAUGUCUACUUUAUCCGCUAUAGCCGAUCUUGCAGCUUUGAAUGGCAAUGCAGGGGAACCGGGCAUGUCUGAUACGACACAGUUGGACCCGUCCGUCUCAUCUACUUACAUGACAACAAGCCCAUAUGCAACUCCAACACAUUGGCAACAAGUUCGAUUCUUGUUACGGGAACCAUUGGCGGUCAACAAAGGUCAAACGUUGAUAGGAACGAUGCUUUGUGAGGUGAAUCAGUACAGAUCGUAUACCUUGACAGCUAAAAUACAAAUUCAAGGAAGUUCAGAUAUUCAUUCGCAACGUUCAGCUCAAUGGCGUCUGGAUCGACAAAUCUACUCAUGGUCUUCUGCAGCUCCUGCGCCGCAGUAA